AUAUGAGUAUCGACCACGAAGCUUUCACGUGUCAUCAUUUUGGUCUACUUUUUCAGAUUUCCACAGUUCAAACCCAGAACCAGAAACAGAAACAGAGACAGAACCAAAAAUCUGAGAUCUGUUCACAAUACAGUUCGAUUUCCAUAGUUACAGUCAUCAUUAUCUUAGUUUUUUCCAUGUUCAGUUCAUCCAACACAAUAGAAAUGCCUAUGGUUCCAAGAUUCAUUCAUACACAAAAUCGCCUCAAAGAUCUUCUCUUAAUCUUCUCUACACUUGUCAUCUUCUACCUCAUCUUCCUUCUUCAUCACAUCCAUACCCCCAAAACUUCCUUCAAUCCAAAUCCCAAUUUCUCCCAAACCCCUUCAAUUACCACUAAUCUUUCAAUCUCACACGUCUUCUUCUCAAUUGCCGCUUCUUCUUCUUCUUUCUCUAACCGUCUCCCUUACAUUAACCUCUGGUACAAACCCAAUUCCACAAACGCCGUCGUUUUCCUUGACGACCCGAUUUCCAUUUCUACCCUCUCUGUUUCUUCUCCCCCAAUUCUUGUUUCAUCAGAUACUUCCAAGUUUCCUUAUUCUUUUCCUGCUGGUCGUCGUUCGGCGAUUCGGAUUGCUCGUAUUGUUAAAGAUACUUUUGAUUUGGUUAAAAAUGUGAACUUUAAUGAUACCCGUUGGUUUGUUUUUGGGGAUGAUGAUACUGUUUUCUUUACGGAUAAUUUGGUUAGAGUUUUGUCGAAAUAUGAUUGUGAGAAGUGGUAUUAUGUUGGUUAUAAUUCGGAGAGUUUUGAGCAAAAUGAGAAGUAUUCGUUUGAUAUGGCAUUUGGAGGGGGUGGGUUUGCACUAAGUGCUCCAUUGGCUAAGGGUUUAGCUAGGGUUUUGGAUUCUUGUUUGAUUAGGUACCCUCAUUUGUAUGGCAGUGAUUCCAGGAUUUUUUCUUGUGUAGCUGAGCUCGGAGUACAUUUGACUCGCGAACCUGGAUUCCACCAGGUUGAUGUUCGAGGAAAUCUGUUUGGUAUCCUUGCUGCACAUCCAUUAUCACCUUUGUUAUCACUUCAUCACUUGGACGUCGUGGAGCCACUUUUUCCUGGCAUGACUAGGAUUCAAGCAGUGGACCAUCUUUUCCAAGCUGUCCAUGCUGAUCCAGCCAGGAUUUUGGAACAAACUGUGUGCUAUGACAAGUCCAGUUUACUGACCGUUUCAGUUGCAUGGGGUUAUGCCGUUCAGGUGUUUGAAGGGAAUCAACUUCUUCCAGAUCUUCUCUCGCUGCAGCGAACUUUUACACCAUGGAAAAGGGGUAAAAAUGUUUCUGCAAGCUAUAUGCUCAACACUAGAGUCAACCCUAGUAAUCCAUGCAAAAAACCUGAUGUCUUCUUCUUGCAAAAGGUGCUUUCUAGUAUAGAUGGCAUAUGGACUGAGUAUACAAGACACAAUGUUGGGAAGUGUGUUAGAAAUAAUCCUACAAAAAAGUUGGUAAAGAUAAGGGUCUUCUCGCAGAAGUUUGCCUUCGAUGUUGAACAGUUGAAGGCACCUCGCCGAUCAUGCUGUGACAUUUCAUCACCUAUCAAUGAGACAAUGAUAGUUGGUAUUAGACAAUGUGGGCAUGAUGAGUUGAUCUCAAUGCAGACUUAAAAUGAUACUUAAAAUUGCUCGACAGACGGCCUGUCAAUCCAUGGUUUGGACGAGCGGG